AAUGAUACAUUUGACAUAUUAACUAAUAAUAGACAAGUGAGAAUAUUUAAAAGAAAAUAUAUUAUUUCAUUGAAGGAGUUCAAAAAUAUUGAACAAUGAAUGCUGAACACUGAAUAAUUGAAUACUGCAUAUUUUGAACUUCAUCGGUGGCUCCACUGUAACGCGUACUUCAGUUUUGUGUUCGAUUUUGAGUGCAACAUUGAGCAACGCUAACCUAGAAUACAAUCCAUCAAUUGUGUUCUUUAAUUGUUGUACGUGUGGUGCAACAAUAACAGUUAACGUUUAUGGAAAAUGACAGAGAAAACAAAGACGAUGAGUCACGUAAAACAUAUUCCAAAGGACGCACAGGUGAUAAUGUCAAUAAUGAAAGAUAUGGGAAUCGCUGAUUAUGAACCGAAGGUUAUAAAUCAGCUCCUCGAAUUUACGUAUCGUUAUGUUACUUGUAUAUUAGACGACAGUAGAAUUUAUGCAAAUCAUGCAAAGAAGAAAUUCAUUGAUUUGGAUGACGUUAGAUUAGCAGUAAAAAUGCAAUUAGAACGUACGUUUACAAACCCACCACCAAGAGAUGUAUUACUUGAUGUUGCUCGGGCCAAAAAUAAUACACCGCUUCCAUUCGUUAAACCAAGUAACGGCUUGAGAUUACCACCGGAUCGAUAUUGCUUAAAUGCAACAAAUUACAAACUUAAGAAUGCAACGAAAAAAGUACUUGGAAAACCGUUACAUUCUUUAGUUGGAAACAAUAUUCAAGGUGGUCAGUCUAAGUUAAAAGUAGAAGGAAACAAGACUGGUCUGUCCAUUGUUAAGAGACCAGGAACACUGGCAACUGUUGCCAGAACUCAAACUAUUUCGAUACCAAAGCCUGUGUUGAAAUUUUCAACGGAUCCGUACCGCGUCCAGCAUUCCCAAACGUCCGUUCCUUCUAUCCAUAUUUCAUUGAGACCUCAGCUAUCUGCGUCAGGUACAGCUACUGUAAAGGCACAAGUGACCAAGCCAAAAAUACAAAUCACGUCAGGGCAAACAAUGCCUCCCAUCAAAAUAGAAGAGGAGUCUAUGAAAAGGAAGAGAGAAGAUGACGAUUACGACGUACCAUAAUAUUACACAAUAAACGCUCAUUAUGUUUUUAUUUUA